AUGAGCCAAUCUACCGUCUGCAUCACCUUAUACAUCUUCAGAGGAAACCCCGAUUUCUAUUUCGCCCGUCACGUACUUGCGUACUUCACGUCCCCCGAAGACCCAGGCUUUCAUGAAACCGUCCACGCCCAGCACGAAGAUGAAGGCGACCCAUGGAAGGUCGACAGGAUUCACAGGAGAGUAGACUGGGCUCUCAGUGCCACCUACCUCAGCCACGUUAAUGUCGGGGCUGUGAAGGUCUGGAAGGGUCGUGAGAUGGAGCCGGUCAAUGUUGUUGCGGCUACUCCAGUUGAGGGCAGGGAGAAGAUGAGUGAUUGGAAUUGCCAGACUUUUAUUCUCGAGGGGCUUCAGGCACUUGUUUCCGAGGGUAUCAGACGCUGGAGUGGUAUGACGCUGUUGAAGGGGAGUUGA